AUGCAUCCAAAAUGUGGACAAUGCGAUCGACUGCAACACGAUUGUGAUUACACCCGCCGGUUGUCAUUUAGAGAUGACACAAAUCGAGUCAAGCAGAGAAAUGUCGAAGUCAGCAUAGUCGGCAGUGUUGUAUGGGAUUCACAGGUUUCUUUCUCCAAUCCAACUCCACAGGAGCUGGCCGAUGCGAAGCUGCUUCCUCCCUUUUCACACCUGUCGAAUGAUGAAGAACGAGAACUUAAAGCGAUCCUCAACAAACCAGGAACAUAUCAUGUCAUCCUAGGGCCCAAAAGUUUUGAAAAUUGCCAGGACUCAGAAACAGAAGGCGAAAAUGACAGCUCGCCUUGCACAACACCUGGAAUCAAAUCAGAGAAUAGGAUAGAGGACGAAAUCACGUGGGAUCUUCCGAAUUUUGGCAAGAGAGUCUGGCCAAAUAAUACUAGCUACACGGACAAUGAAAGCGUCAUAACGGAUGAUUCGGAGACGGUGUUCAUUCGAAAUUUCGAAGACCUAAGUUCCCCAACGAACUCCAAAACCUCGUUUCACAAACAGGAAAAACGAUCCUUCUCACCGGAAGCAUCAGACAACUCACGACACAGCUCUCUUGUGGGCGAGUCAUCAUUUCACCAUUCACACGCCACUGAAAAUGAGGAUGCGAUAUAUGCGGCGCACUACAAACGAUAUAUCUCAUUGCAUUUUAUGAUAAUACAAGAAGGAUUUGCUGGAACAUGGGACGAUACUCAGCUGUUGCUAGAUACACCAGAUAUAUUUGAGCGGCAAAGCAAGAAUUACCCACGGCUACAUGAGGCAAUGAUGGCGCUGGCGGCACAGAAUUAUGGCCGAGAAAACGGGAUUUCGAAUGUCAAGGCUCUAGAACGUGCACAACGCGCACUUCCGGUAUGUGAAGAUAUGCAUGUCGAUAUAGAUGCGUUGUUCUCCACACAUUUUUUCCUUCUUGUCUACGAGAUCACGGCGGCAGAACUGGGGGGCGAUUGUCUGUGGCAAAGUCAUCUUGAUCAGAUGGUUCGAAUCCUUUUGUCCAGGUCCGACUCGAAUACAGACGACCGACAACCAUUUAUCACCUGGUCCUUAGUAGUGAUCGACACACACGCCUCUUUGAGCGCGAAUGGGAACGGGGCACUGGCUGAAAUAUUGGAGAAAAACAAUCUCAUUCCAGACGCGCACUUUUUAAUACCGCCUACUCUCACAAGAAAAAAAGGUGGCGUCUCGGAAAUAGAAAAAAAUGCGUUUGUAACAGCUAUGAGGGCCAACCAAAAGAUCAUCCUUCUCGGAGCAAGUAUGGCCAGACUUUCCCGGGGCUUCCGGAAUGAGGCUUCCGGUCAGAUUUUAAGUCCGGGACAAUGUGAUUAUCGACAAAGAAAAAUUGAGGAAAUACAUGGGGAAAUGAAGAGUUUACUAUGGAGAGAAAUUGCUGCAACUGUAGGAUCGUUUAAGAAGCAAAACUCUUACGAGCAGUGCAGCCUUAUUCUACAAAGUCUUUACGAAGAGGCUCAAGCCUUUGUCCACGCAUGCAUACUUUACGACCAAAUAUAUGGAAAUGGGGGUAGCGAUUUCCUGAAAGUUAUUUUACAUAUGGGUGAAGUACAUAUCAGCGGUAUCUCCUUGUUCCGCUCCUGA